AUGAGUUCAGCCGACAUUACAGCCCAACAAUCCAAGGCCAACCUUGCCGGCGAUGUUGAAAGGGUUGAAGACAUUGAUGGCAAGACUGCCACAACGUCUCCCUUUACAGCCGAGGAAGAGAAGAAGUAUCUCCGGAAGAUCGACCUUUGCUAUGACAAGGGCGUCAUGAGCGCUGCAACGCAGUUUGGCUUCAGCCAAGACCUGAAGCUGACAACAAUCAUUGGCCACGAGGAGAACGGCACUCCCAUCACAGACAACAAGAAGUACGCCAACGCCUCCAUGAUGUUCUACAUCGGCUACUUGAUCGGCACCUACCCGAUGAUGUACCUAACGCAGCGCUUUUCCAUCUCUCGUGUCGUUGCCUCUGCGACCUUGCUGUGGGGAGCUGUGCUCAUGUCCACUGCCGCAUGCUACAACUACCCGGGCAUCAUGGUCAACCGACUAUUCUUCGGUAUUCUCGAGUCAGCCGUCGCUCCAUCUUUCACCGUGCUGGUCACCUUCUGGUGGACUCGGGAGGAGCAGGCUUUGCGGACAUCGCUUUGGUAUGCCUGCGUCGGAGUCGCAACCAUGGUCUCUCCGCUCAUAAACUACGGCCUUGGCCAAACACACGGAUCUCUUCCGUCCUGGAAGCCCAUGUUUCUCAUCCUCGGAGCCGUUACUAUCUUGUGGUCCGCUGUUCUAUUCCUUUGCCUCCCUGACAACCCGAUGACGUCCAAGCGCUUGACUGACGCCGAGAAAGAGAUGGCAAAGUACCGCCUCCAGAGAAACAAUGCUGGGGCCAUCAGCCAUGAAUUCAACAGGGCUCAGUUCUUCGAGGCCUUUCGUGACUACAAGGUCUAUAGCAGCGCUCUCAUUGUUAUGCUUACCGGUGUGCCAUCUGGCGCCCUCGGAACUUUUGGCACCAUGGUCAUUAAUGGCUUUGGUUUCGAUCACUUCGAUUCUCUGGCUUUGACAUGCCCCAUUGGUGCCGUCACUGCCCUUACCAUUCUCAUUGUUGGCGCCAUCACCCGCAGGUGGCGCAACACCCGAUACCUAUGCAUCGUUGCCUGCGCCUCUAUCUCAAUCGGCGGAACUCUGAUCUGCUGGCUGGGACCGAGGGAUAACAAGGGUCUCUUGUUUGCAGGGAUCUUCCUCGUUGCCAUUCAAGUCGCUUCCGGUGGUUUAGCCAUUGGUCUGUCGGCAUCCAACAUUUCAGGUCACACCAAAAAGUCAACUGCCAGUGCUUCGACCUUUGUUGGAUACUGUGUUGGAAACGUCAUCGGCCCUGUCAUCUUUGGCGCAUCUCCCGGCCCCCGAUAUCGUGCAGGUUUUACUGGCGGCUGUAUCUGCCUAUGUGGCGUGGUUGUCAUUGCCACGGCUACUUGCUUUUUGUUGCGCAGAGAGAACAUGAAUAGGGAUAAGAGAACCGGCCGUCAUUCAGAUAUUCUGCAUGACGUUGACGAGGAUCUUACGGAUAUGCAAAAGAUGGAUUUCAGAUACGUCCUGUAA